CUGAUUAGGUCUUGGGACUUGGAGACGCUGCAGACCCGGGACGAAGGCAGCAGACUUUCAGGGUGGAGGUGGACGAAUUCCCGCAGCCUUCAAAAGCACCUGAAUCCCCCUUUGCAAAUGCCGAGUCAACCGACCUUUGAUGAUGUGGCUGUGGGGGGCGUAGCCUAGCAGUCGAAUGAUACAGUAAAGUUCUUCCAAGCUCCGGAUGUCUGAAGCCUAGAAACGCAUUUAUCUCCGUAUGAUUGGCAUGAUAAAGAGAUGACUUGAGGAAAAACAACCAAUGUUGCGUGUGUAGGAAGUGUUUUACUCAGAAACUUAAUCUCCCCAGACACCAGAGAGCCCACAUGGGAAGACCUAAACGGCACAAAUGUUUGAGGUGUGGGAAAACGUUUGCUUCCCAGGCAAGUCUUUUAAUUCACCACAGAGUCCACACUGGGGAGAAACCCUACAGUUGUCCAGAAUGUGGGAAAUGCUUUUCUCAGCAGCAUCAUCUCGUGAACCACCAGAGACUUCACACAGGAGAGAAACCUUACAAAUGCAUGGAGUGUGACAAGUGUUUUGCUAAUUCUUCUACCUUGGCGAACCACCAGAGUGUCCACACGGGCGAGAAACCCUACAAAUGCAUGGAGUGCGGAAAAUGUUUCGCUUUUGGCUCAGGCCUCGUGGCACACAACAGAAUCCACACUGGAGAGAAGCCCUAUGCGUGUUCAGAGUGUGGGAAAUGUUUCCGCUCCCGGUCCCAGCUUGUGAAACACCAGAGGGUUCAUACAGGGGAGAGAAGCUACAAAUGCAUGGAAUGUGAGAAAUGUUUUGCUGUCAAAUCUACCUUAGAGAUCCACCAGAGAGUCCACACGGGAGAGAAGCCCUAUAAAUGCACCGAGUGUGGGAAGUGUUUUGCUUACCACUCGUCUUGUAUGAAUCACCAGAGAAUCCACACUGGAAAGAAACCUUACCAAUGUCCCGAAUGCGGGAAAUGUUUUUCUCAUCAGCCAGAUCUUAAGAUCCAUAAACGGGUCCACACCAGAGAGAAACCCUAUCAGUGCUUGCAGUGUGGAAAAUGUUUUGGUUAUGAGGACAGUCUUGCGAAGCAUCGCAGACUCCACACCGGAGAGAAACCUUACAAAUGCAUGGAGUGUGGAAAGUGUUUUGUUCAGCAGUCGAACUUUGUGACGCACCAGAGAGUCCACACCGGGAAGAAACCUUACAAAUGUAUAGAGUGUGGGAAAUGUUUUACUAAUCCAUCGGGCUUAGUGACACACCAGAGAGUACACACAGGAGAAAAGCCAUAUGAGUGCCCCAAGUGUGGCAAAUCUUUUUCUCGUAGCUCAAGCGUUGCGAAACACCAACGGUCCCACACCGGAGAGAAACCCUAUGAGUGUGUGCAGUGCGGCAAGUGUUUUGCUCACUAUUCCGACCUUAUGCUGCACCACCGAGUGCACACUGGAGAAAAACCUUACAAAUGCUCAGAGUGCGGCAAGUGUUUUGCAUCCCGCUUAGGUUUAGUGGAACACCAGAGAGCUCACACGGGGGAGAAGCCGCAUAAAUGCUUGGAGUGUGGGAAAAGCUUUGCUCGCCAUUCAGGUCUUACAACGCACCAGAGAGUCCACACGGGAGAGAAGCCCUAUAAAUGUGUGGACUGUGGGAAGUGUUUUUCUCAGCAAACACACCUAGCAACACACAAGAGAAUCCACACAGGGGAGAAGCCUUACAAAUGUCCCGACUGCGGGAAAGGCUUUGCGCAGCGCGCACACUAUGUGAUUCACCAGACAAUCCACUCGGGAGAGAAACAGUUCAAGUGCUUGGAGUGUGGGAAAUGUUUCGCUCACAAGUUAACUUUGGUCAUCCAUCACAGACUGCAUACGGGAGAGAAACCCUAUAAAUGCCUCGAGUGCGGGAAAUGUUUUCUACAGAAGUCGAGUCUUGUGUCUCAUGGACGGGUGCAUACGGGAGAGAAACCCUAUCAGUGCCCUGAGUGUAGGAAACGGUUCCGUUACCACAGUAAUCUUGUGAUUCACCAGAAGGUCCACAUAGGAGGCAAACAGAACCAGACUAAGCCCCAGAAAACCCAUACGAGCGAGAGGCGCUCUGCACAAAAUUCGAAGAUGGGGCAUUCCUUUCCUAAGAGUGGAAAACAUCAAAGCCACCGCCGCACAGGAAAGAGAACUGUAUGAAUGGCUUUUAUGCAGGAAAAUGUUGUGCCAGAAAGAAGCAGUCUUUCAUAACAGAAGCCAUGCAGAAAAGAUGCCGUCCGGACACCAGAAGGUUCAUGCAAAGCGAGAAGUUUUAGAUAACAGUUUUGAUAGGGCAUCUGAAGAAAUUGCAUGAAGAGUGUUAACAUUUCCAAAAACUUUGCAAAUUGUGGAAGGAGACUAAUGUUUUACUGUUUCUUGCUAAUUAUAUAUGACGUAAGUGUUUGUGAUGUUUCACUGAUUAUUGCUAUUCAGGAUGUAAGUGCUGUUUGGACUGAUUUGGCUAGAGGCUAUGAGAAAUACAAAUACCAUGUUACAGAGAUGGUCGUGGAUCUUGCCAGAAUUGCAAUUUGUCUACCAAUUUAUCAAAGGCAAGGACAAUGUGAUUGCUGACAGACUAUCCAGAUGAGGUUCUGUGUUGGUGAGGACUUUGUGAAACAUACCAAGAACAUUUCUUCAAUUUUGGACACUGCAUGUCCUUGGGAGCAAGAAGUAUGCUCUGCUUCAUUUUAAGGGCUGGGGGAGAUGUGACGUUUUACUGUUUAUUGCUAAUUAUACAUUAUGUAAGUGUUUGUAAUGUUUUACUGAUUAUUGCUAUUUAGGAUGUAAGUGCUGUUUGGACUUUGGAUGGUAAGUGGUUAAUUCUGUUGGGAGGGGGAGCAAGUGGAUAGAACGUUGGAGUGAAUGCUGAUUGGCUGUUGGAUUCAGGUAUUUGAAUGACAGCUAGCAGUUAGAAGCAGCAGUUAGGAGUUGUGUGUGGAGAGUUGACAGAGUGAGAGGUUGUCUGGGUUUGUUUGCUAAAGGGUUUAGAACAGAGUAGGAUCAACGUGUUUAUUAUUUGGGGGAAAGAGUGAAUGAUAGGAGAUAGUGGGUAGAGUUCUCUGGUGUACCAAGUCCAAUUCAGCACACAAGGAGGAGAGGAGAUGAAGUAUGGGUCAAACAAUGUUUAUUCUGCAGAAUAAGAGAAACAAGGAGAUAAUUGCUGC